AUGGUGACGCUACGAAAAACCAAAAACAGCUCAGCCACCGGUCUGACGACCCCCCCGCCAUCGUUUUCACAAGUCGACACAAAACCCGAACAGCCCGACACCAAGCAUAACUCACAACACUCUCUCGACGCACAGCUUCUGGCUCUUCAGGAAACAAUACUCAACGAAAGCGACUCGUCCUUCUCUUCGGUCGACAGCGCAGUGGCGUCCAUGGACGACUUUUCGCACGCCCAGACGCCGGAGACGACAUUCACCAGCGAUGAUGACGUUCUACGUGAUUUAAAGAUGGAGGAAAAAGAGUCCGACAGCAACAACGACAGCUGCGAGGAUUCAGCCAAUUAUAUGCCCAAGGCCAAACCCAAGUCCAGCAGGCGGAAACCCCUACCCGAACGAGACGAUGACGCGCCCGAAGUGAUGGAUAUCACUUCGAUCGGAAACGUGGACACAUACUCGUACAGUGCUCUUCGAAACAGCGACAUCAACAGAAAAGACCUCGAGCUACUGCACCACGUGUUCCACAACUCCCAGCGGCUGGUGGUGAUCACCGGCGCAGGCAUUAGUGUGCAUGCCGGCAUUCCCGAUUUCCGGUCCGAUAAGGGUCUUUUUGUGAGCCUAAAGGAUGAGUACAAUCUCAAGACCACCGGUAAGGCUCUCUUUGAUGCCAGCGUGUUCAGAGAGCCGGCCACGACGAUGCAUUUCCAUUCGGCCAUUAAUGGACUGCAGAAACUGUGUCAGGACGCGAAGCACACACCUUUCCACCACUUCCUCAACUCCAUUUCGGAGCAGAACCGACUGGCUCGACUCUACUCGCAAAACAUUGACUGUCUGGACACGUCACUGCCCCACCUGAGCACUUCUGUGCCUCUACAGAAGCCUUGGCCCACUACAGUGCAACUUCAUGGCUCCAUCAGCAAGAUGAACUGCAUGAAGUGUGGCUGGAUGAGCGAUUUGGACCCCGAGCUGUUUGUCGGGGAGGACAUGCCCCUGUGUCCCGCUUGCGUAGAGAUGGAGGAGGCACGAGAGGUGGCCGGAAAGCGACCUCAGGGGGUGGGUAAACUACGACCCCGAAUUGUGCUCUACAACGAGUUCAACCCCGAUGCCGAGUCCAUUGGAGAGCUCUCCGAGUCUGACCUACAUUCACGGCCCGACGGACUCAUUGUGGUUGGAACUACACUCAAGAUUCCCGGAGUGAAGCGAAUCGUGCGGGAAAUGGCUGCCGCAGUGCAUGCCAUGAACGGAGGAGUUGUGUGGCUUAACCGCGAUGACCCUCCUACGCUCGGAAAGCCUUUUGAGGGUGUUUUCGACCUUCUCGUCAAGGGUGACUGCCAGCUGGUUCCUAAGCUGCUGCAGGACUUUGAGACUGAGCAGGAGGAUCUCAAGAUAGAGGCUCGGGAGGAGAAGAAGCGCAAGAUCCAGGAGGAGCGGGACGCCAAGCGACGGGAACGGGAGCAGGAGAAGGAGAACCGACAGAGGGCCCGUGAGGAGGAGAAACUACAGCGACAGCGAGCUCGAGAGCAGGAGAAGGAGGAAAAACGACGAGCUCGAGAGGAGAAGAUGGCCCAGCGAAGAGGUGUCAAGACGGAGAUGAAGAUAGAGAUGAAGACGGAGGCUAGCACUACCCACAUCCACAACCCCGCUCACAGUCCUCAGCGAUCUACGCAGAACCCCGAGAAGCAUCCACAGAAUCCUCCACGGUUCACGGUCAACCCCUUCCCUGACAACCACCCUCUACACCAGCAACAGCAGGAAACCCUCAUGCAAUACCAACAAAUGCGUGGACACCAGCAACAGCUACAGCAGCAGCGACAGCAGCAAUUUAUGUAUCACGGCAGCCAUGAUAUGCACCUCCAUCAGCAAGGACAACACAAUCAUCAUAUCCAGCAUCAGCAACAUCAUCAGCAAUACCAGUAUCACCACCACAUGACUCCGCAAACAUGCAACGAUGCUCCUCCUGCUAACUGGGGUCCUGCUCCGGAGUACUGGCCCGGAGGCCCUCACAUGGUGCAGUUCCAUCACAUGCAGCACCAAGCGUUUGUGCAGCAGCACGUUGUUACGCAAAAUCAAUCUUUUGCAGCUGCUCAUCACCAGCAGACACUGUCCUUCCCAGUGACCAAGCGUGAGUUCCCUCAUCACGAGAAUUUUGAGCAGAGCAAGAAGCAGUGCUAG